UCAAUACUAAAACCGCUUCAAACACGCGGAAGAGAUGGAAAAUGCGACAUCUUCACAAAGGGUUCUCCCCAUAGUGAUUGGAGUUUCUUCGAUAGGAGCAGUAUUCGUUUACCUGAUCAUGAAAAUCGCGUGGGGAAGGCAAUACAAGCUCCCACCGGGGCCGUGGGCAUUGCCCAUCGUGGGGAACCUCCCGCAACUUCAUGGAAGGCAUGGUUUUUACUACAAAGUCUUGGAGUUCAGACAGACUUACGGGGAUAUAUUUAGGCUACAGAUGGGAGUCCACAACAUUAUGUUUGUGUUUGGUCAUCAGUAUGUCCAGGAGCUGUUGUGUAAAAAUGGGGACUUGGUGACAAAGAGGCCAAAUUGGAUGUACGUUCCUGAUAAACUUCUUGACAAAAAAGGUGUAGUGUGGAGUUAUGGAGAUUCGUGGCGAACUAUGCAGGCCCUACUGAAAUCGGCUCAGGAAGACCCUGCCGUGAUAUCCGCUCUCCAGCGCCACCAUACAGCCGAGUACGAGCUUUUCCAAUCACAUGCCAAGGACAAAUCCUCUCCCCACACCCUGGAAUAUUUGAUCCGCCAAACCGCUUUCAACUUUCUUUCUGCUUUCCUCUUGGGAAGAAGGUACAGUUAUGAGGACCCAGAUAUGAUUGAAAUUCGGGACAAAAUAUCGGAAUUCGGCGUCUCCAUGGCAACAGCUAACAAGGCCAAUUUUUUGCCUUUUCUGGCGUAUUUUGAUCGAUCAAAGCUUCAAACAGCCGUGCGUAAUCAGGAAUAUGUGUUCAGUCGAUUUCGAGAAAUCAUGCAAGCCAAAUCAAACGGGACAGAAGAAGAGCCUCCAUCGGAUUUUCUCCAGGUUUAUCUGUCCAAGUCGGAGAAGGAGCUAUCAGUGGAUGGUAUGACAGAAAUCGACGUCUUACGGACCACAGUUGACAUGUUUGUAGCUGGAAGAGACAAUCUCAUGGUGUCCACAAAAUGGAUACUAAUGGCUUUGGUGAAGUAUCCGGAUGUGCAGUCCAAAUGUAGAUCGGAAAUUCAUGAGGUUAUUGGUCGAGAUCAGAAGGUCCAAACAGAAGACAGAUCAAAGACUCCGUACACGCUAGCCACCAUCAAGGAAAUCCAGAGAAUGUACUCACCAGUGACAUUGACUCCAUUUCAUUGUCCAGAACAGGAUAUCAAGGUUGGUGAAUACGAUAUCCCGAAAGAUUCUAUUAUCAUGAUAGACUGUAAAGCCCCUUGCAAGGAUCGACAGUUUUGGAAGGAUCCAGAGGACUUCAAACCAGAACGAUUUCUGGAUAUGAAUGCGUCACAGCAUCUCCCUGAGGGGUGCUACAUUCCUUACGGAGCAGGUCCACGGUACUGCAUUGGUAAAUACCUGGCGGACAUCUUUUUGUACACGUUUACUGCAAAUAUUCUUCAGAACUUCCAAGUUACGACAAGAAAUCCGGAAGAACAAUUGUCUUUUGAGAACGUUUUCAAUCUGUUCGGUCUCCAUCCACUGCACUUUGACGAGGUUACUUUAAAGGGUUUAGAAUGAUGCAGCAUUUAUUUUGAUGUAGGAACAUCAAAAUAAAGAAUAAUGUUCACGAUAUGAACGCUUGGGACUUCUUAAAAUACCGGUACAUCGUGAAGAAAAUGGACCGCCAUGUUUGUUCCCCCCCCAAACCUUUGCAGUUGAUAGUAUUUCCCGAAUAAAUAAAAAACCUUUUAAGACAGUUUGGCAGACAGUGGAAGGUAGUGAGCAUUUUCAUUAUCGUUUAUCUUUACCCACAUACAAACUUUUAGGAGGAAAAUGUUGAAAAGCAAUUGUGUUAACACUUGCAAUUAAUAAAUGAACAUCAUGACUGCGUUCAUGUAGUGAUAAUAAGGAAGUUAAAACAGUACUUCCGGCUCCUUAAACAUUCUAGUACUCUGCUACUUAGCAGAUAAAGUUGUGGUUUUAAAAGAUAAUAACAUUUACUAACGCCCAUCUUUAAAAGCACUUACAUAUCUCUCACGGAACAAACAAUAUCCUUUUGAAUGAAUAUAUAUAUAUAUAUAUAUAUAUAUAUAUAUAUAUAUAUAUAUGAUCAGCUCUUUGGAAGAAUAAAGCAUGUCCUAAUUCGCUACACUUUUAACAUUGAUUGGCAAGCGAUUGUAGUAUGCGUUGUAAAUACGUUUGUAGAUUAGUGUAAUUGUAGUGUUAGAUGUAUUUAUAUGUAGUUUUUGUUAUUAUUCUCUGUUGGUAUUGGCCACAUUAUGUAAUUCUUUUCGUUUGUCCUAAAGAAGGGACGGGUCGUCAAAUACAAAAAAAAUAUACAAAGCACUAAAAUGACCAACGACACGAACAACCAGAUUGUCAAAUUUUCGGGACGACCCGUCCCUUCUUCAGGACAAACGAAUAUAUAUAUAUAUAUAUAUAUAUAUAUAUAUAUAUAUAUAUAAUAUAUAUAUAUAUAUAUAUAUAUAUAAGUUCCGACAACACCCAUUACCUAUUAGUGUCGAUUCCACAACGUGAAUCAUAGUACAAGAACUAUACAAAUCACUAAAAUGAACGACACAAAUAGAUUGUUAAAUUUUUGGGACGACCUAUCCCUUCAGGACAAACGAAAAGGUUUACGUUAAAGGGUUAAAAGUAUACGGAAAACUACGUGUACAUUAAAUCUACAAACGUAUUUACAUUGCAAAUUACAUGUUUAUUGCUUUUGAUUGCUAAUCAAUGUUAAGUGUGGAGUGAAUUAGGACACAUCCUACUGUUUGUUAAUGCACUACAGCUUUUUCUUUAGUAUCUAAAAUUGAAACCGUGUACCAGAAAUUUUCUCUCUCUGAUAUAUAUAUAUAUAUAUAUAUAUAUAUAUAUCACUAAAACAGAAUAAAAUUUACACAUUCUAGUAAAGAAUUACGACAUUAUUUUAUAAGCGAAGUUUUGAUGUAAUAAGUCAAGGCGUUUAAUGGAAAUCGAUUACAGAAGGCAGGUAGUUCUCUUUUGUGAAAGUGAAAAACAUGAUGUCGCGGGAUAUCAUAGAGCAGCGAAUGGCCAUAACAUUUUGUGUCGCACUCCGGAAAUCUCCAUCAGAAACUGUUAAUUAAAAUGCUGGAAGUGAAAAGUGAGUCAUGCUGUAGUGUAUAAAUGGCAUAGACGAUUUUCUUGUGGUUGCUAGCGCCCUUGUAGAGACUAUAUUGGAUGACGAAACGAAUUCAUUUGUGAAGAACUUGUCAAAAGAAUAAGUAACGCUAAGGAAAAUAAUGGCCGCGUCACUGUCGCGGAAUUAUCAGAUAUCUUUGAUGUUAGCUCCGGCACCGUCUUCAAUAUUCUUACUCAUAAUUUGGAAAUGAGAUGAGUUGCAGCCCGCUAGAUACCCAGGCGUAAGAAGGCGCCACAGGUUGUGUGUGAAAUGUAGAGGAGAAUAUUUGGGGAAACUGUGAAAUGCGACUCUGAGACGUUGUGUUUUGACGUAACGGUUCUCCGUGGCGAAAUAACAUACUGUUUUUAAAAUUAUGUAUCACAGAUACUAUAUGAUCAAACAGAAUAACACAGGUCGAUAAAAUAAAUGAUUUCAAAACCAA